CCCUAUAAACGGCGCGUUCUGGCGUCAGAACGCGCCGUUUAUAAGCUUAAAGUGACAGCACUUGCAGCUGCUGCUCUCUCCCUGCAGCGUUCUCUCCACUCGUAACCCCCUCCCACCUGUCUUCCACACAUAACUCUCUUACUUUACAGGCGCGCUGCUUCUGUCUCUCUCAACUAUCGUUGCUCUUACUUUACUUUCAGGUCUCUCUCUCUCCCAGCUCCUCCGUCUCCGGUUUCCUCUUUCGCUCCGCCCACUCAUAAUGCCUCUCCUACGGAAUGCAUUUUAGGACAUGCUGCGCACAAAUACCUUUGCUGCAUGCGUUGUCCUAUGCCUAUAGCUCAUUCUCCUCCUCACAGUCUCUUGCUCCCCCUCCCACCAUGGCAAAAUCUCUCUCUCCCUCUCAUGUUCAGCUGCCCCUCCCAUCCUCCGUGUCCACAGUCUCACUCGUGUUGCUUUUCCUCAUGCUCCGUUUAAGGCAGAGCUGAUCAUCUCACCCAAGGCAGAGUAAAGACAAAUAAUGUCACCAUCUUAGUGGACUAUUGCUGAAUAAGGACAUACUCUGUGAUCAUGCCAAAUGUCCACGAAAGUCAGCGAAUGUUUCAUGCAGGGCCUUUGUCAGCAUGUACAGACACCUUGAUUGCAAAAAGGUACUUGCUACAGCAGAGGCUUGGCAAGGGGAGCUUUGGCACUGUCUACCUGGUGAUUGACAAGAAGGCAAAAGAUGAACAAGACAGCUUAAAAGUUCUAAAAGAGAUACCUGUUGGGGAACUGAAUCCCAAUGAAACAGUUCAAGCAAAUGUGGAGGCCCAGCUACUGUCAAAGUUGGAUCACCCCGCCAUUGUCAAAUUUCAUUCAAGCUUCCUGGAGAAUGAAAGUUUCUGCAUCAUCACAGAAUAUUGUGAGGGCAGAGAUCUGGAUUUUAAAAUCCGUGAAUGCAAGAAGAAUGGGGAAACAAUUGCUGAAAGUCAGGUUGUUGAAUGGUUUAUCCAGUUAUUACUUGGUGUUAACUACAUGCAUGUAAGGAGAAUUCUACACAGAGAUUUAAAGGCAAAGAAUAUAUUUUUGAAAAAUAAUUUGCUAAAAAUUGGGGAUUUUGGGGUUUCUCGUCUUUUGAUGGGCUCAUGUGAUCUGGCAACAACAUUCACUGGGACCCCUUAUUAUAUGAGCCCUGAAGCUUUGAAACAUCAGGGCUAUGAUUCAAAGUCAGACAUUUGGUCCCUAGCUUGUAUCCUUCAUGAGAUGUGCCACCUGGAACAUGCAUUUAAUGGCUACAAUUUCUUGUCCGUUGUUAUUAAUAUUGUUGAAGGGGAAACACCAUCUCUCCCAGACUGUUAUUCAAGCAACCUUAAUUUGAUAAUGAACAGAAUGCUGAACAAAGAUCCUGUCCUGCGACCUGGUGCUGGAGAAAUAUUACAAGAUCCAUUUAUCAGUGAACAACUAAAGCAAGUAAAAUGGGAAUUGUAUGGAGCUGAGGUUAAAUACAAGACAGCCAUCUGCAAGAAAGAAGCUGACCAAAUAAGAAAUGUUGUUCAGAGGAAGUUUCAUCUCCAAACUCUGCGGGAGCUCUCUGAGGUCCAGAAAAUGACCCCAAGAGAACGAAUGAGGUUACGAAAGCUGAAUGUUGCUGAUGAGAAGGCAAAGAGACUAAAACAACUUGCAGAAGAAAAAUAUCAAGAAAAUCAUAAGCGAAUGCAAGAACUGAGGUCUCGCAAUUUUCAACUCCAUAGUAUUGAUGUACUUCAUCAAGAGGAUACAACAGACCAUCUGAUACAGUCAGAACCAAUAAGUGCAAGACAUUACACACCUCAGAACUAUCAUGAUGAAAAUGAAGACACACAAGAUAGGCUCUGUGCAUCAGAACCUAACCGAGAGAUUCCAGAAGAUCCAUGUGUAGCAGAUGCCUAUUAUGAAGAUGGAUUUGACUCUUGCUCUGAAGAAAGUGAUGAGUGUGUUGAGGAGGAAGAUGAAUAUGAUAGCGACUCCCAAAUUACAUACCAACAGGACAGUGAUGUGAAGGCAAUGGUGCUGCAUUUGGAAGAUAUGCUGGCGUCCAGCUGUUUUGAUACAGAUGCUGCCACCAACAUGUCUCCACCUGUUCCCUUGAGAUCAAGUGAUAUAAAUGGUACCAUGGCACAAACCAAGCUGAGCCGCAUGAGAGAGUCAGCUGUGCAGAGUCUGGGCAAGAAAACUUUCGAUAAGGUCUACAUCUAUCUGAAGAGCGCAAGGAAAAAUAAGACCAAUGAAAAGGAAGUAAAGAAGCAACUAGAGAGUAUGGUCUCCAAGCCAAAUGAGUGCUUUUUGGUAGACCAACUUCUCUACUUUGAGGAAGAACUGGCAGCCAUGUCUUCAAGAACAAACAAAGCUUGAUAUGGAAUGACAGAAGCUAAUCAUACACUUGUAUACAAGUAAUAACAAUGCAGGUUGCCUGGCACAUAGUUACUGCACAGAGAAUUAAUUGGAGGUGACACGAUAUUGGUAGUAUAAAGUGUGUUUGAACCCCUCUUUGCAGUCAAACAUCUGUUCAGCCCUAGCAACCCCUUGUUCAUAACUGAGUGAUAGAUAUAUACUUGUCAUUGUAGUUAUAUCCAGGAAAGGAAAUUAGCAUUUACCCAAAUCCCACCUUAACUGGUCCUUUGAUCCCCUCCCACUGCAUCACUCACCCCUACAUCACUCUCCCCUACAUCACUCUCCCCUACAUCACUCUCCCCUACAUCACUCUCCCCUACAUCGCUCUCCCCUACAUCGCUCACCCCUACAUCGCUCACCCCUACAUCGCUCUCCCCUACAUCGCUCUCCCCUACAUCGCUCUCCCCUACAUCGCUCUCCCCUACAUCGCUCACCCCUACAUCGCUCACCCCUACCUCACUCUCCCCUGCAUUACUCUCCCCUACAGCACUCUCCCCUACAUCACUCUCCCCUAAAAGAGUUAGAUGCACAGUUGUCAACCUCAGAUGUAAAAAAACAAUGUUGUGUGUGCUGUCCCGACAUAGAAGUAUGUACAGUACUGGAAUUAGGCACAGCCAGCCCGAUUCACUGUAAAUUCACUGUAAUCUUUUGUACCACAAUGUGUAAAAAUCACAAACAUUGCCUGUGUAAUGAAAACCUCAAAAUUGUAAAUGUGUCCAUUAAAGUUAAAAAUAUAUAUAUAUACAGUAUAUAUGGAAAGUACUGUAUAUCUUGCUCUCAUGAGUACUUAAUGUUUAAUGUUAAAUAAAAUAUCAGUUAUCGUGUUUUCCAUGUAAAUAUAGAAGUCAGGGAAAAAUGUUGAUGAAAAAUGUAGAUGUGUCAAAAAAAUAUCCCCAUUAAACUGGUGGUUUCCAUUUGUGUGA